GUGAAAUUGUAUUGAUUUUUGUCGUCAAAAGUGAAUCGCUUUUAAAAAAUCGUUAAUUAAUUGAGUUUUGGUUUGUUUUGUCGUAUCGUUUGACAAUCACUUGAGACACUCACCCGUGGUUUGCGUUGAAGACAAUUGUCUGCACGUCUUGUGUCCCAAAAUGUCGACCGAAUUGGAGGACAACAAUGUCUUGAAGUUAUCCAAAACUGAAGCCAAAGAACUGCUCCAGAAGUGGAGGGAAGAGAACGCCCGACACUCGGAACAAGUGAGGGAUAUCUGGAUGAACAUCGACUUCGGUGGUAGUCUCGGAGACGAGAAGUGGCAGGUCUUGGAACAGGUGUGCGUCGCCGCCAUCGACCUCCACGACAACGAACUCAUCAAAGAAUGUCUGCAGCAGUUAGACAACAAGUUCCCCAACAGUUGUCGCGUCAAACGGCUGAAGAUUAUGGCGAAACUGGAGUUAAGAGAGCGCUUCGAAGACGCCCUCCAGAUGUACGACCAGAUGAUCGCGAAAGACGAGUCCAAUUCCCUUCUAUACAAACGCAAGAUUGCGAUCCUUUUGGCCGAACGCCGGGUCGCCGAAGCGAUCAAAGAGCUGUGCGAUUACCUCAAGAAGUUUAUGAACGACACGGAGGCGUGGCUCCAGUUGUCGGACCUCUAUAUCGAGGAACAGGAGUACAGCAGAGCGGCCUUCUGUGUGGAAGAGCUCAUCCUCGCGAACCCACACAACCACUUAUACCACGAAAGGUAUGCCGCCAUUCAGUACACCAUUAAUACGGCGGAGAGUCUGGAGCUGUCGCGGAGCUACUUCUCACAGGCACUGCGACUCAACCCAAACAACUUGCGAGCCCUCUAUGGCCUCCUAUUGUCGGCCAAUAGUGUGGCCGCUCUUCCGAAGACCACUUCCCAGAAGAAGAGAGAGAACCUCCGGUUAGCCAACUGGGCGUCCACUCAGAUCCAGAAGCUCUACAGAGAGGGCUCGGACGAUGAGAGUCGUAUCAACGCUAUGGAGGGAAUGUUAGCCAACUUACAGAUCACUCCAAACAGCACUUAAUUACCAUUAAAGUAGAGUUUAGUAUAGGUUUUAGUAUUGUUUUGCUUUUUUAAAUAUAAAUAUAAUUUUCUAUUUAAUUGUAUUUUUGUGAAUCAUUAAUGAAUUUAUUAUGAGUUCGUUGAACACAACUGUCGGACAUUUGUGUGUAUUCUUUGAAUUUUUCCACUGAUAUUAAAAUACGAG